GGGGAUCGCCGGCGUGAUGUCGUUCAAGCGAGAAGGGGACGACUGGAGUCAGCUGAAUGUGCUCAAAAAACGACGAGUCGGGGACCUGCUGGCCAGUUACAUCCCGGAGGACGAGGCGCUGAUGCUGCGGGAUGGCCGCUUUGCUUGUGCCAUCUGUGCCCACCGACCUGUACUGGACACCCUGGCUAUGCUCACCGCCCACCGUGCAGGGAAGAAACACCUGUCCAGCCUGCAGCGCUUCUAUGGUGCGAAGCAGCCAGGAAAGGGGCUGGAGCAGCAUCCCAGACAGCAGGAGGAAUCCGGGCAGGAGGAGAGCAAGGCCGAGGCUCCUCUGUUGGCCCAGACCCGGCUUAUCACUCAGAAGGCGCUGCACAGAGCUCCUCACUACAAUAGCUGCUGCCGCCGAAAAAGCAGACCGGAAGCCCCCCGACUCUCUGCCCCCCAGGGCCCUCCGCCACUCCCGGUGCCUGAGGUCCAGAGUGGGAUGGGCAAGGAAGCCCGGCCAGCAGUGGGCUCCCAGGCGCAGGAGCCCGACGCCGGCCCCACCCCCACCCCUCUGAGCCCCACCAGGAGACGCACUCUGGACCACUACCUCCACCUACGGAGCUCUGGAUGGAUCCCAGAUGGACAAGGCCGAUGGGUCAAAGAUGCGAAUGUCGAAUUUGACUCAGAUGAGGACGAGCCCCCCGGCCCCCCCUUGGACUGACACCGUCCCCGCUCAAUUCAUAAAUAAACCACAGCAGGUGCCGGGCGAGUCUUCCCUCCAGCCAGGUGGCCCGUCCCCGUGCCGUCCUUCAGCUCCGCUGGUUCUCAGGCGGGCCAAGUCUUCCCACAGUGGACACGGCUCCCCAUAUUCCUGACCCCUCCCCCCGUCCUCCCAA